AUGUCGGUGGAGGACCACGAGCGCGCUGUCAUGGCGUCGCCGAACAGCAGCUUUACCUGGAUCCAGUACAUUGCCUUCUUCUUGCAGCUCACCGAGCUGGACAAGGCCCGCGCCGUUGCCCACCGGGCUCUCAAGACAAUCGCUCCAGAGCUGGAGGAUGAGAAAAUGAACGUUUGGGUCGCUCGGCUGAACCUGGAAAAUAGUUUUGGGUCCCAAGAGGCCUUGGACAAGGUUUUUGCGGAUAGUUGCCAACGCAUGGAUGCGCUGAAGAUGCACAUGCACCUGCUGGGUAUUUACAUGCGCAGUGAAAAGCACGACCAGGUCGAAGAAGUUUUCCAGGCAAUGUUGAAAAAGUUCAAGUCACACAAAUCAGUUUGGCUCAAGUAUGCCGAGUAUCUUCUCAAUCAAAAGCAAUUUGCCACGGCCCGGGCGUUGCUGGAGCGUGCCCUCAAGAGCGUGCCCAAGCACGAUCACGUCGAUUUGAUCAGCAAGUUUGGCAUUCUGGAGUUUAAGCUUGGUGAUGUCGAGCGUGGCCGCACCAUCUUUGAGAACGUCGUGACCACGCACCCCAAACGUGUCGACAUGUGGAAUAUUUGGAUCGACCAGGAGCUGCGCAUCGAUGACGAGGAUGCCAUUCGCGCCCUUUUUGAGCGGGUCGUGACCCUGCGCUUGAGUACCAAGAAAAUGAAGCACUUCUUCAAGCGUUUCCUUGAGUUUGAGAAGGAGCAGGAUAAUGCUGAUGGUAUCGAGCGCGUUAAGAAUCUCGCCCGUGCUUAUGUUGAGGAAAAGGCUGCGUAA